AAAGCCGUCGCGUCGCCGCUCGGCGCCAGUCGGGGCGACUCGAGGGACUCGAGCGUUGCGGUGAAACGCGUCUCGCGGGGGCCGAACCCCCUCGUUAAAACUUUUUUUUUCGGUUUGCGAAACAAAAAAAAAGACAGUUCGGCGAAUCAGCCGAACAAUACCGGGGUUUUAAAGAAGAAGAAGACAAACGGAAGAAAGUUGACGGUUGUACAAAAAAAAAAAAAAAAGGAGGCAGUUCCUUUUUUUCCGUUUAUAGUGAACGGAGUUGCGUAAAGUCAGACGUUAAUGACGGGCGUAAGAAGUUUGAUCGAGCAGGCGAGCCUUCAGAAUAAAAGAUGAUAUAUUUGAAAAAAAACUGCUUUAUUAUUUUCUCUGUAAUCCUCCCUAAAAAAUGUGCUUUAUUUGUUCGUCGGUUGCAAUGAUAAAACUAUGCACCCUCUGAAUGAAACAUUACGGGGACGUGAUGGCUUCUUUUUCACGGUGUACCGGGCGGCUCAGAAGCCGGAAGCCACAUUCUCCUUUAAGGCACCUUUUUGAAUAUGUCAACUUGGAAGAAAAAAAUAAAUCUAUGCGGGCUUUCUGUUGCCUGUGAGAGAAAGGGUCCUUGGACUCUCUGUGAGAAAUGUGUUUACGACUUUUGGUCGGGUUGGGGUUCGGGUGGGUUAAGAGCGGACUCGUUACGUGAGCGUAAACGUUGUCCUCUGCUCGGACGCUUCCCGCGUUCCGUUGCAGAUGGCGUGCACACCGCUGCUUUGUGAUAUGCGUGUUUGCAGCUAAUCUCCCGCAGACAGGGGCCCUGCAGGGGCCCUCACAAACGGUGACGUCACUGGGUCAGAGCCCCUCAGCCGCUACUUCAAUGGCAUCUUUUGUUCCGACCGGUGUGUGAGGACGUGUGCGUUAAAAUAUGCACUUUUGUCUCCUGUCAUUUUGCAUCUAGAAUCCAUUAAACUGAGUUUGUAACAGUGUGAAAACGUGCUGAUGGAGUUCAGGCUGCAACACACACACACACACACACACACACACAGAGCAUGAGUAAUGGAUUGUUCUGUACUGUAUAUUUGUCCUAAUGCUGGACGAACAAACACUGCCAACAGUUCUUCACACUAAUCAUUUUGACUGAACCGUCGCUGUACGGAUUUCACAGAAAGAAAACGUUUUCAUGAAAAGGUUCUGGAGAGGAGAACCGUCCAGGUGACUGACGAUGGAGACCUCGGCCCCCGGCGCUGUGAACGGCUCGGCGACGGACGGCGAGGAGAACCACGGCGAAGACAGUCCUCAGGCGGCCGAGGGCCAGUCUCCCGGUGUCCAGCUGUGUGACGGACAGACUGCGCAGCUCCAAGGGGUCAUCCAGGCCCCCCAGACCUCCGUCAUCCAGUCCCCCCACCUGCAGACCGUCCAGAUCGGCACCGAGCUGGAGGAGGACGAGUCGGUCACAGACAGCCAGAAGAGACGCGUCCUCCUCUCCAGGCGUCCGUCUUAUCGAAAAAUUCUGAACGAGCUUUCAUCGGAUUCUCCGGCAGUUCCUAAAAUCGACGAAGAGAUGACUGAGGAGGACGAUGAAGAGGAGGAGGAAGACGAUGAGGAGGUGGUGCCGGUCUCCAGUGCUGCCGCGGCAACCGUGCCGACCUCCAUCUACCAGACCAGCUCAGGGCAAUACAUCGCCAUCACUCACGGGGGAGCCGUGCAGCUGACGGGCCCCGGGAUGGAAGCCUUCCAGGGGGCCCAGACCAUGACGGUGGGCGGCUCUCACGCCCCCCAGCACGGAGCCACCAUCCUGCAGUGUGCGGCUCAGCCCGGAGACUCCCCGCAGCAGUUCUACAUCCAGGGGGGGCAGGUGCUGGUCCAAGCUGCCACAGGAGACAUCCCCACCUACCAGCUGCGUUCGCCCAACUCGGGCCUGGCUCACAGCAUCGUGAUGGCAGCGUCUCCGGGGUCCAUGCAGAACCCCCCCCAGCACCACUCAGAAGACAUCACCCGCAAGAGGGAGGUCCGACUGAUGAAAAACAGGGAGGCGGCUCGUGAGUGCCGCAGGAAAAAGAAGGAGUACGUGAAGUGUCUGGAGAACCGCGUGGCCGUGCUGGAGAACCAGAACAAGACCCUGAUCGAGGAGCUCAAGGCGCUGAAGGACAUCUACUGCCACAAGGCCGACUAGCGGCGCCCCCCUCCGCCAAGGCAAACCCCCCCCCAAGAAAACACCAAAAAAAGGAGUCUGGAACAAAGACGUUGUUGCCUCAGCUCACUUCGGGGCCCGGCGGCGCCGGGGGGGUCGGAAUGGCUCGUCUACGAGGAGCUUCGCUCGCCGCAGCUAUUUGUGCACGCCACCGAGAGCAGGGGGGGGGGGGCAGGAAGAGGAAGUACAGGUGCUUCCUGAAAACGCCGCGCAGAGGUUAAGAGGCAGAGAGGACGAAGGUCAGCCGGGUCGCGCUGCUGGAAGGUUCCCCCGAGGUCCCCCCCCCCUCCCCUCGGCUGCAGCGAGGCAAACUCUUCCUGCGUUUCCACGGCGACGCCUCGCGCUUCUUUCCUGGGGGGGCCCCCCUGAGGCGAACAUUCCUUGGUGCGACAGACACUCUGAGGGCCCUUCGGAUCCGAUUCGCUGUUUGUUUGGUCAAAAAAAAAAAGAAAACGUGCAAACGUUUUUUUCAAGACGCACGUGAAGAAUUAAAAAUGGAGCUUCUAAAGUAUGUUCCAGGCAGUACCUGGACCCCCGGUUCUUCUUCUCUCACUACAGUGAGUUGAUUGUAAUAUUUGAAACAGUCAAAGCACAAAAACUAUCAAAGUAUCAGAAUUUCUACUCUGUUUAUUUGAGGAAUUUCACUCCACUAGUUUGUACAUCUCUCAAAAGAAGAAAGUCCCUUUUGGCUGACUAAAUGGAAUAAAGCAGCUCUAUAUGGAAUAAAGCUUAACUUUUGUAAGAUAAUCCCUGCUUUACUGUUACUGCGUCUGGUGCAGCCAUUGGUGUCCGUUGUGGUAUAAAACUAUUUGAUCACGGCUGGAUAUUAAAAUGCUCUGUUUUAAAGGGUUAUGCCAAUUUCUUUUUUAUUUCUAAAUGUAAAGACAUUUGAGUGAAAUAUAUCAUGUCGUGUUGAUGUUUCUGGUGAUUUUGAAGACUGCCUGUUUUUGUUUUUGUUCUGUAGUUGUUUCCACUGAACAUAUUUUAUUGAUGAGGGAGAUUCUUAACCCGACACACCAUCUGUAACGCUCUGUCCGGUGUCACCUCGAUGACUCAUCCGGGGGGGUCGGGGGGGGGUCUAGUGGUGACCCGCUUGCUGACAUAUUACUGCGUUGAAUUCAUCUGCAUGUCGUAGGUCCCUUUUUGCUGCCUCUUUUAGCCUCUGUGUACGUCCUUGUUUGAGCCCAAACUAGUUUGCUUUCUGUAAUAAAACCAUGAAAUGGGA